CUUCUCUGUCCUAGCUUUCUCUCUCUCUCUCUAACAAAAAUGGCUCUCAAAGCUGUCCAUGUCUCCGACGUCCCAAACCUCGACCAGGUCACGGAGAAUGCCUCCGUCUCUCUCUACUCCACUCGCUUCUCCAAAGGUGUGGAUUUGGGGAGGGGUGCGUACAGAGUACCGAAGUUUCUGGUGAUAGGGCACAGAGGGCAUGGGAUGAACGUGUUACAGUCGUCGGAUCGGAGAAUGAGAGCUAUCAAAGAGAACUCGAUUGCCUCCUUCAACGCCGCCUCCGCUUUCCCUAUUGAUUUCGUCGAAUUCGACGUCCAGGUGACAAAAGAUGGCUGCCCUGUCAUUUUCCACGACGACCUUAUUCUCUCGCAAGAUAAUGGUGGUGUUGUGUAUGAGAGAAGGGUGACAGAGCUGUCUCUCUCAGAAUUCCUUAGCUACGGUCCCCAAAGGGAACCGGGCAAGGAGGGAAAUGCUCUGCUUAGGAAAAACAAAGAUGGAAAAAUUGUGAAGUGGGAUGUUGAGACGGAUGAUUCUUUGUGUACCCUUCAAGAAGUUUUCCAGCAAGUGGAACCCUCUUUGGGCUUCAAUAUUGAGUUGAAAUUCGACGACCACGUCGUCUACCAGCAAGAUUAUCUCACCCAUGUUCUCCAAGCCAUCUUUCAGGUGGUGUUUGAGUAUGCUAAAGACAGAGCCAUUGUGUUCUCAAGCUUCCAGCCGGAUGCGGCAAUGCUCGUCAGAAAACUGCAGAAUACCUACCCUGUCUUCUUUUUGACAAAUGGGGGUACUGAGAUUUACUACGAUGUUAGGAGGAACUCCUUGGAGGAGGCCAUGAAGCUGUGCUUGGAGGGUGGUUUGCAAGGAAUUGUGUCGGAGGUGAAGGGGGUUUUCGGAAAUCCGGGGGCGGUGGCCAAGAUCAAGGAGGCCAAGCUUUCGCUCCUCACAUACGGCAAAUUGAAUAAUGUGGCUGAAGCAGUUUAUGUGCAACAUCUAAUGGGAAUCGAUGGAGUGAUAGUUGAUUUGGUUAAAGAGAUCACAGAAGCAGUCUCCGACAUGAUAAAGCCGGCAGAUGAAGAGGAAAGUGGGGAUGGGAAGCCGCAGUUGGCUGCGAAGCCUCAGUUCUCGCAGCUGGAGCUUGCAUUUCUUUUGAAGCUCAUUCCACAGUUAAUACAGCUCUAAUGCAAAGGAUGCUCUUACACAGAGCCAUAUUUACACAACAAUAAUUUUUGGGGAAUUUUCCCUCUUUUUAUAUCGCUAGCUAUAACUCUUUAGGCGUGGAGGUCACCACAUUACAUUUUCAUUCUUGUAUAUAUUAAUUGUUGCUUAUUAUACCAUUUUUGGUCCAUCUGUACUACUAACAAAGUUUAUCACAGUUUCAGCAGCUUGUAUUAUACACCACUUUGUACCUUGGAUUUGAGUUUGGAGUUUGAACCAA